GAUGACAGUGGGAUUUAAUCCUAAUUUUUUUUUUUAAGUGUCGUUUUUAAUAAGUUUUUUUCAAUUAAAAAAACAUGCAAGAAAUGAAAGAGAAACAUAUUUUACAUAGUGGAUAUUUUCAUCCACUUUUGCGAAGUUGGCAAUCACCAAAUGUUGAAAUAACAGUGAAUAAUUUGAUGUAUCCAAUUUUUCUACUAGAUGAUCCUGAUGCUAAGGAUACAAUUAAUAGUAUGCCGGGUGUUUUUCGUUAUGGAAUUAAUCAUUUAAAAUUAACAUUAGAUCCAUUAGUAUCGAAAGGAUUAAAAUCUAUUUUAUUAUUUGGUGUUGCGAACAAUUUAAGGAAGGAUGAAAAAGCAUCUAAUGCUGAUAGCGUUCAAAAUCCAGUAAUUCAAGCAUUGCCAUUAUUAAAAAAAUGGUUUCCUAAUUUAAUAAUUGCCUGUGAUGUGUGUUUAUGUCCUUACACAAUGCAUGGACAUUGUGGAAUUUUAAAUGAAAAUGGUAGCAUUAAUAAUGAAGCAAGUAUCAAAAGAAUUGCUGAAAUUGCUCUGUCAUAUGCGAAAUGUGGUGCUGACAUUGUUGCCCCCUCGGAUAUGAUGGAUGGAAGAAUAGGUCCAAUUAAAAAAAGUCUAGUUAAAGCAAAUUUAUCAAAUAAAGUCUCAGUUCUUUCAUAUGCUGUUAAAUUUUCAUCAGGAUUUUAUGGACCAUUUAGAGAUGCUGCAAAUUCUGCACCUAAAUUUGGUGAUAGAAAAUGUUAUCAAUUACCAUCAGGAAGUAAAGGACUCGCCAAAAGGGCUGCAGCCAGAGAUGUUGAUGAAGGUGCUGAUUUUUUAAUGGUUAAACCUGGAUUAGCUUAUUUGGAUAUUGUGAAACAAGUAAAAGACAAUCAUCCUGAAUAUCCUUUAUUUAUUUAUCAAGUAUCUGGUGAAUAUGCAAUGCUAUUACAUGGAGCAAAUAAUGGAGCAAUUAAUUUGGAAUCUGUACUUUUAGAAAUUUUAUUAUCAAUGAGAAGAGCUGGAGCGGAUUGUAUUAUUACAGCAGCAUCCAAAGAAGAGAAAAAGGAGAAAGAAGAAAUUGGAACUGUUAUUGGAAUUGAUUUAGGAACAACUUACUCUUGUGUUGGUGUUUAUAAAAAUGGACGAGUUGAAAUAAUUGCAAACGAUCAAGGAAAUCGUAUUACACCAUCUUAUGUGGCAUUCACAGCAGACGGUGAACGUCUCAUUGGUGAUGCUGCAAAAAAUCAAUUGACGACAAAUCCUGAGAAUACUGUUUUCGAUGCAAAACGUCUUAUUGGUCGUGAUUGGUCGGACAGUACUGUUCAACAAGAUAUGAAAUUAUUCCCAUUUAAAGUUGUGAAUAAAAAUAGUAAACCACACAUUCAAGUUGAUACACAACAAGGCGAAAAAGUAUUUGCACCAGAGGAAAUAUCAGCUAUGGUACUUGGUAAAAUGAAAGAAACCGCUGAAGCUUAUUUGGGCAAAAAAGUCACUCAUGCCGUUGUUACUGUUCCCGCUUAUUUCAAUGACGCUCAACGACAGGCAACGAAAGACGCUGGUACUAUUUCCGGUUUGAAUGUGAUGAGAAUUAUUAACGAGCCAACGGCAGCUGCUAUUGCUUAUGGAUUAGAUAAAAAAGACGGUGAGAAAAAUGUUUUGGUCUUCGAUUUGGGCGGUGGUACAUUCGACGUGAGUCUCUUGACAAUUGACAAUGGUGUCUUUGAAGUUGUUGCCACAAAUGGUGACACACAUUUGGGUGGUGAAGAUUUUGAUCAAAGAGUUAUGGAUCAUUUUAUUAAAUUGUAUAAGAAAAAGAAGGGCAAGGACAUUCGUAAGGACAAUCGUGCUGUGCAAAAAUUACGUCGUGAAGUCGAGAAAGCAAAGAGAGCACUCAGCGCCAGUCAUCAGGUGAGAAUUGAAAUUGAAUCAUUCUACGAUGGUGAAGAUUUUUCGGAAACACUCACAAGAGCCAAAUUUGAGGAAUUGAAUUUGGAUUUAUUUAGAAGUACAUUAAAACCGGUGCAAAAAGUUUUGGAAGACGCUGAUAUGAGUAAAAAAGAUGUACAUGAAAUUGUUCUCGUUGGUGGAUCAACUAGAAUUCCAAAAGUUCAACAAUUCGUCAAGGAUUUCUUCGGUGGCAAAGAACCAUCGCGUGGUAUUAAUCCCGAUGAAGCCGUUGCCUAUGGAGCUGCCGUUCAAGCUGGUGUUUUAUCCGGUGAACAAGACACUGACGCAAUUGUUCUUCUUGACGUUAAUCCACUUACCAUGGGUAUUGAAACCGUUGGUGGUGUCAUGACAAAACUCAUCCCAAGAAACACCGUUAUCCCGACGAAAAAAUCUCAAAUCUUCUCAACAGCAUCGGAUAAUCAACACACAGUGACAAUUCAAGUUUAUGAAGGUGAACGACCAAUGACAAAGGACAAUCAUCUUCUUGGUAAAUUCGAUCUUACUGGAAUACCACCCGCACAACGUGGAAUACCACAAAUUGAAGUGACAUUUGAAAUUGAUGCCAAUGGUAUUUUACAAGUAUCUGCCGAAGAUAAGGGAACGGGUAAUCGUGAAAAAAUUGUCAUUACAAAUGAUCAAAAUCGUUUGACACCUGACGAUAUUGAAAGAAUGAUUAAGGAAGCUGAGAAAUUCUCUGAGGAGGAUAAAAAACAAAAGGAACGCGUUGAAGCGCGCAAUGAUCUUGAAUCGUAUGCAUAUUCGUUAAAAAAUCAACUUGCCGAUAAAGAGAAACUUGGUUCAAAAAUAAGUGACACUGAUAAGGCAAAAUUAGAAGAGGUUAUUGAUGAGAAAAUUAAAUGGUUAGAAGAAAAUCAAGAUACAGAUCCAGAAGAAUAUAAAACACAAAAGAAAGAACUCACUGAUAUUGCACAGCCAAUUAUUGCGAAAUUAUAUCAAGGUGCAGGUGGUGCACCACCACCACCAACAGGUGGUGAGGAAGAUGAUCUCAAGGAUGAAUUAUAAUCAUACGCUGAUAACGAACUUUGAUUCGUGACGCACGUCUAGACUGAAAUCCCACUUCCCUUAUAGGCAAAUGCUUUAGAGAGAUUAAUACUUUUUUUUAAUAUCGUGUUUUGUGUGUCGCGCUCAUAACUAUUUUUUUAUUUUUAAUGAGCGCUUGACCGACGCGUUAAACGAUUAAAUAUUCUCGCGUCACAAAUAAUCCCGUUAUUUUACGGCUGUGAUGAUCUGUAUUACUCUGUAUUGUAUUUGCUGUACAAGGAAAUGUUUGAUUAAAAAAAAAAGAAUCACUGCUCGUAAUAUAAAGUUCGCAGAGAGCCUCAAAGUCUUCGGAACAUAGCGAGGAUAAAAAAAAAAAAAAAAAAAAGAAACUCCUUUCAUAUAAGACUCCACCAAUAUCGUUAAUUUAUUUUUUUGUUUUGUAUGUUCUUUACGUGUAAUUCAAUAUAUAUAUAUAUAAGCAGUUUUAUUUGUGAGAAUGUGUCUUGUAUGAAGAGUAUAUAAUAGAAGCGAAUUGGUUUUCAAUACAUCGAUGAAAAAGAAACGCUUCACCUUUUUUUAAAUGAAUUUUUUCGUACUAUGUACAAAAUGAAUGAAUGAGUCAUGUAUCAGUAUCAUAUAUACAUAUAUGAGAAUAAACAAAUUUUUUCAUUA